AUGUCGAUUUUGGGAAUCAAAAAUUAUUUGAAAAAAAAUAAAAUUUAUUUUUUUCAGCGUUAUUUAGUAGAAGUUAUGGAUCCAGAAUUGUAUUCUCAAUUAAUGCGAAAUGUCGAUUAUUCUUUUGUUGUUUUUUAUCGUUGGCUUUUACUUGAUUUUAAGAGAGAAUUACAAUAUUCUGAUGUUUUUCAACUUUGGGAAGUUAUUUGGUCUGCUGAAGUUCUUUGUUCUCGCCAUUUUGGUUUAUUUUUUGGUUUGGCCUUGUUAACACAAUACAGGGAAAUUUUGAUUGAAAAUGAUAUGGAUUUUACUGAUGUCAUAAAGUUUGUUGAAUUUUAGUUAUUAAUUGAGUUAUUGUGGUUUAGUGGAUUGAUGUUAGUUAUACAUAAGAGGGAGGGGCUAAUUUUUAAUUAAAAAUUAUUCGAUAUGGGUUCGAAUCCAGUGGGUGUUUAUUUAAUUUUUACUAGUUUGAUGUAUUUUAGUUUUCACUGUGUCAUUCGUGGUGUAGUGGGUUGGUGUUGGAUUUAGGGGGAGAAUGGUGUUGUGGGUUCGAGUACCUCGAGUG